AUGCGCUUCACAAAGAUAGCCAUAAGUAUACCUAACCUCCACCCCGAGGUGGAACUACACGCCAUAAAAAGCGGAUUACGACCAGGAAAAUUCCAGGAAACUAUUGCUAUGGCCAAACCAAAAACUAUGGCCGAGUUCCGUGAAAAAGCUAAAGGACAGAUCAACAUUGAAGAACUCCGACAAGCUCGGAAAGUAGAAAAGCCUCACUAUAGAGACGAUGACAAAACACGAGACAGUAAGAAGAAUUUCAAACCAAUUCCACGAUAUGAGACCUACACCAAAUUCAACACCAAGCGCGAUGAUAUCAUCAAGGAAAUAUUGAAUUCGAAAUUAAUCAAGCCACCAAGAAAAGCUGGCAGUUACCCAUAUUCAAAAGGCACUGACCGAUCAAAAUACUGCUCCUUCCACCAGAAGCACAGACACAAUACUGACGACUGCAUCAUCGCCAAAGACCUACUGGAGCGACUAGCUCGGCAGGGUCACCUAGACAAAUACAUUAGCGGCCACAUGCAGUGGCGAGCACCUCCUUUAGGAGACCCAAGCUCGGUUACACAACAUGGCCGAGAUAGAGACCGACCGAACAAUAGCCAUCCUGAACUACCAACACGUACAAUUAACUGUAUUUCCGGAGGUUUUGCAGGAGGAGGAGCCACAAGCUCGGCAAGAAAAAGAUCUUACCGAGCUAUACUUUCCAUCAACGCCGAUCAAAGUCAACAGCAGCUGCUGCCGACAUCUCCACAGAUAACAUUCCAGAAAGCCGAUCAUGACAACAGCGUAGCAAAUCUGGACGAUCCCGUCAUAAUCUCCCUACAGCUCGGAGAUCUCCUAGUUAAAAAGGUGUUGCUCGAACCAGGCAGCAGUGCCGACGUUCUCUUUUACUCAACAUUCCAGAAAAUGAAACUGAGCAAUAACGUCAUCCAACCUUCCACUAGUGACUUGGACAACACAAUUGCAACCAUUCACAAUGAUGCCCGAGAAGCCAGAGAAUGCUACAACAAUAGUCUCAAAAGACCUAACCGUAACACAAAAGCCCAGGUUCACAAUAUCGGCAACAUGAAUGACCAACACAUGCUGGCCGACCUUGAUCCCAGAGCGGGAACACUAGAAAUUAAAGGCCAACCCCAACAGAAGACCUAG